UGUGAGUGUGUGUGUGUGUGUGUGUGUGUGUGUGUUUCUAGCAACUGCAGAAUCUCUUGUGUUUUAUAUCUGCCUCUGUAAGAGGGUUAUACGAGAGGCAUUAGGUAAAUAGAAUGCCUGUUGAUAUUGUUUUUGGGAGCCACUUUCUACGUUAAAACAGCUGCUGAGUUUUCGACACAGAAAAAAAAACCCUGAGGUGUGGACAUGAAACGGGUGCUAGCAGGAAUGUUUAAUGGCACCGCGAUUACUCAUAAAGCCCUGGGUUUAAAAUUUCGCUGCUUCUGAAGCAACGAUCAAAUACGCAGGCAUCAAGGUCGAUGACGUCACCGAAUAGCACGCAUGCGCGCCGUAGACAAAGGACAUCCGGAGGAUCGGUAAAGGUUAAAAAUGUCAAGGAAUUUGUCUACGGGAAUCUCAAACACAACACACCAGUUUUGCUGUCUUUGUCCAGAUAUUUAAGAAGUGCAGCAAGGGAUUCACUCGAUCAUCCUUCCUGCUCAGACUGUGGGGAGGGAUUCACUCGAUUGUCCUUCCUGCUCAGACUGUAUGGAGGGAUUCACUCUGUCAUCUAACUGACUGGCACACCCAUCGUUUUACAUGGCCGUUCACCUGCUCAGACAGUGGGAAUGGAUUCACUCGGUCAUUUCAACUGAAGGUACUUCAGCAAGUUCACACUGGGCAGAGGCUGGUCAUCUGCUGAACUUGUGGGAAAGGAUUCACUCGGUCAUCUGACCUAAUGGCUCACCAGCGAGUUCACACCAGGGAGUGGCCGUUCACCUGCUCAGACUCUGGGAAAGGAUUCACUCGGUCAUCUGACGUAAUGGCUCACCAGCGAGUUCACACUGGGGAGAGGCCGUUCAUCUGCUCAGACUGUGGGAAGGGAUUCAUUUCGCCAUCUAAACUGAAGAUACAUCAGAGAGUUCACACUGGAGAGAGGCCAUUCACCUGCUCAGAUUGUGGGAAGGGAUUCACUCAGUCAUCCUACCUACUGGUACACCAGUCAGUUCACACUGGGGAAAGGGCGUUCACUUGCUCAGAGUGUGGGAAAGGAUUUACUCAAUCAUCCACCCUGAUGGCUCACCAGCGAGUUCAUAGUGGGGAGCGGCUGUUCACCUGCUCGGACUGUGGGAGGGGGUUCACUCGGUCAUAUAAACUGAAGGUACAUCAGCGAGUUCACACUGGAGAGAGGCCAUUCACCUGCUCGGACUGUGGGAAGGGAUUCACUCAGUCAUCUCUACUGAAGUUACAUCAGCGAGUUCACACUGGGGAGCAGCCGUUCUUCUGCUCAGACUGUGGGAAGGGAUUCACUUGCUCAUCUCAACUGAAGGUACAUCAGCGAGUUCAUACUGGGGAGAGGCCGUUCACCUGUUCAGUCUGUGGGAAGGGAUUCACUUUGUCACCUCACCUACUGAGACACCAGUUAGUUCAUACUGGGGAGUGGCCAUUCACUUGCUCACUCUGUGGAAAGGGAUUCACUGAAUCAUCUUUCCUGCAGAGACACCAGUCAGUUCACACUGGCAAGUGGCGGUUCACCUGCUCAGACUGUGGGAAGGGAUUCAAUUGGUCAUCUCACCUGCUGUCACACCAGUCAGCCCAUACAGGGAAAGGGCUGUUCACCUGCUCAGUCUGUGGGAAGGGUUUCAUUUCAUCAUCUCAACUGAAGAUACAUCAGCGAUUUCACACCGGGGAGAGGCCUUUCUCCUGCACAGACUGUGGGAAGGGAUUCACUAUGUCAUCUCAUCUGAAGGUACAUCAGAGAGUUCACACUGGGGAGAGGCCAUUCACCUGCUCAGACUGUGGGAAGGGAUUCACUUCGUCAUCUCAACUGAAGGUACAUCAUAGAGUUCACACUGGGGAGAGGCCGUUCACCUGCUCAGACUGUGGGAAGGGAUUCACUCGGACAUAUCAACUACAGAGACACCAGCGAGUUCACACUGGGUAGAGGCCAAUUUCAUGCUCAGACUUUGGGAAAAAAUUCUCUCAGCUAAAUCAACCAAUGUAUAUCACUGUUGACACUGGGGAUAUUCCCUUCACCUGCUGUGAAUAUGGGAAUCGAUUCACUUAGUGAACUAACCUUAUGUAACUCUUGAUUUGGCUAGUAGCUUAAUAUAACGGGUGAUAGACCCCAGCCUGGCUAAACUUAAGAAAUAUCAUUUGGAUGGAUGCUGUGUGAUGUGUCCCCUGCUACAAAUCAGAACCCUGAAAUAACAGUAAACAACAUGUGAUUAAACAAUUGAACUUUGUAAUUCAU